CUCGGGCGCGACAGUUCUGCUCCGGCCACCGGUGGUGGAUUUUCGCGGGUGCCGCGCGGCAUACCUCCGCGAAAGGACCAACCCCAUACGCGCGUCAGCAAGAGAGGGAACAAGAGAGAGAGAGAGAGAGAGAGAGAGAGGAGAGAGAAGGACAGAGAAAAAAUAGAGAAAGAGAGAGGGUGGGAGAGAUUGGGACAAAGAGGGGGAAGAGCGCACGGGGAGAGCGGGCUCUCUCCAUCGCGCUCCGCGAUCGCCCGUAACCUUCCGCGCGUCGUCGCGGCCUCGGCUGUCCUCGUUGCGAUAGCGAGCGAGUGGUUCCGCGCGCGACGGUACGGCGACGAGAACGUGGUGGAAACGCCAAAGACGGAGGACACGGGGGGUGGUGGCGACGGUGGUGGCACAGGCGGCGUAAGGGGGACAAGGCCGGGACGGCCCGGCGUGAAACGGACGGGACGACGGACGGGGGAUCAAUCAACGACGACGGCAUGAGGAAACGCCUCGGGGCGCGCACGGCUACUGUCUUCUCAUCGUCAGCGAGCAGCGGGAACGGCCGCGUUGCAGCCGCGGAAACUGCGCGCCGCUGCUGCUCAUACGCCCUCGAACGUACGCGAGCGCUCGGCGCGCGGUGCGCGCCGAAUUCGCACGUCGCUGACCGUCGUCAGUCGUACGAGUUGCCGAGGCACCCUCGGACGGGACUGUUAUCCCCGAUUUAAAUAGUGGCCGCUCUGCGAUCCGCCCGCGACAGUCUCGAUUACGGGGUGGCGCAUCCUGCACGAAGAAGAUACGUGAAGAGGAGACAAAGCGAGGGAGAAAGGCGCGCGAUAGAAUUCUCAAACUCGUCACGGUUAAACUUGGACGCACGGCUGCUACUACGCACCGCGUACCCCAUUGAAAAAAAAGAGAGAACGAGAAAACGCGAAUAAAAAGCCAGCGACGGAUGAGGGUGCGUAAUCUCCCGACGCAUCUCCCGAGCUGAUUGUCGAAACAAGAGGAGAACAGAAGGACGGCUCAUGGAGUUGGGAGAACAUUCGACGGAUCUGCCUGAAAUUUCGCGGAGGAGAAUCCGCGUAUCUCACUUGCGCGAGCUCUCACAAAGUUAGACCGCCCGUCGACAGAGGGGUGGUUUCGGAAGGGGGAGAAAAAGCGCGGUACGGGUCACCGACGAUAACUAGGACACCGCGGCCCGACGCGACUCCUAGUUUCAGAGACAACGGCGUUCCUUUACCUUUUUGGUGCUGAACGGACGUACACCAAAAUCGAAAAGCUCGCCUCAAAGAACAAAAAAAAGAAUUGAACAGAAAGAGAGAGAAAGAGAGAGACGCGAUCGUUCCAAUUCUUCCGCUACUGACUCGUAAUCGUCGUAAUUUCGCACUAAUCUACAAAUAGACAUUAAUAAACGUGGGUGAUACGUCGUAAGCACACGAGGCCCUUCCAUCUUCGUCGUUAAUCUCGUUAAUAGCGAACAAGUUAAGCGUGUUACGUCAAACGCACGUUCAGCACCGUCCGACGGAAUAAAUAAUUAAAUCGGGGACGGCCAACCUCGUCGUCUCAAUACAGCGAGAUAUUUAAUACGUUCGAUAAAGCGAAAAGUGCGUGCACACGCACAUACGGGUACACACAGACACGCACACAAACGCGGCACACCGCACGGAUCCAUUAGUGUAUAUAUACAUGUUAUAUAUAUAUAAAUCUAUUUAAAUACAUCACAUAGAUGCGUAUAUAUACAUAUAAAUAUAUAUGUGUUAAAUCUUCAUAGAUCUAAAUCACGACGUUGAAGAAUUCCAUAGUAUAUGACGUUACGCGAUUUUCGAUAGUCAGAUAUCGACAGCUCGACUACACGAGAAGUAUACACGUUAGAGAGAUAACAAUUUUACGAACCGGGGGGGCUUUUAAAGGAUCGUACAAUUGAAAGGCGCAGGCAGAAACACGAAACGGAGAAAAGCUAUUUACCCUCACGAGACGGCUAUGUACUCUGCGCGAACGCGCAGAUAGAAAGGGCGAGAAUACCUAAAGUACCGUGAGACUCGAGCGGUCGUUUGUGUUGGGCGCGUGUCAACGAAUCCGGAAACCUGGAACAACCCUUAUCGGUCGGCGCUCGGCUGACAUCGAGAAACUGCCACGAAACAUUUGCCAAUUACAUUAAAACAAUAUAAAGCAAAGUAAACGAGAAAGAGGAGAAAAGAAAAGGAGAGAGAAAGAGAAACUAUACGACUCUUAGAGCCUCAAGAUUCUCUAUUUCCUUCGUCGAUGCGCGUAGAUACUCGCGCGAGUCCACGGUGCUCAACUAGACGUAUAAGUACAAAGACACGCAGGCGUGCGAAUUAUUUUUCUCGAUCGGGGUGUGCUGCGUUUUCCAUGCUGAUCCCUGCGUUAAUGAGUCAACGCGUCGAGUCUGUCCAAAAUCAUCCCCGGGUGUGGUGCCGAAUCCAGACGAUCCUCAAUCUACCUCAACGACCACUGGCUCGCGAUCAAAGCAUCUCGCUUGAUCUGAGCGCACUUCCCUCUACGCAAGGAACAAUCGAGGAGCAAUCACCCCGCACGUCUCGUCCAACUGAAAGUCUUAGAACUUAAAAUCUUUCGCAGCCUCCUCUUCUCCCCUCGCCGAUUGCUGCUACUUCGAAUUGAACUCGCGGAAGCAAAUUCAUCCCCCCGCUAAAGCUGUAGGCUAACUUUGCGACGAAUCGCAGCUUCACGGUCGCUCCCGUGAGAGAAGACACAAGCAACCGUUGUAGAAUUCUCCGACAGAUACGUUGCAAAAACUCACACGGCUCUCUCGUGCUAUCGCGCGCGAUACAACCAUCUCUUUCGGAAGAUGAGAGGCACCGAAUAAGUUUGUAAGAUGAUCGAUGUGGGCGGACGCGCACCCCUCGCGCGUUUCGAGUCGCACCAGAUUCCGAUCGCCGUUCGCUCAACCCCCGAGCUCGUCGCGCGAUAGAUAGGACUCGAUACUAGACCGUUACACGUCGGAUAUCUGUCUUCGAGAUCGAUUGAAUCGCAGCCGAUUAAGGGUUUCAAGUCGGCGCGCAAGUUGUAUCGGGGUCUCGGCGUGAUCGGCAUCGUCAUUCACGAAGCAGGCGAGUGAUAUGCUGUAUCUCACGCGGGUGCGCGGACGGGAUAAUGCUGGCGGCGAGGGAUGAGAUUAGAGCGUUCAAAGGAGAGAAGAAACAGCUGCACCACGGGAUCGAAAGAACAAGCCGCACCAAGGAAGACGUACAGCCAUGUCAUGGGAGUCUAUCUCGUCCAGGGAUUACCUCGGCGGAUCGGCGAGUCAUCAGCUCUCGGCGACCGCGCUGCUGGGUAGUCCUGAUGGAUCACGACAUCCACUCGAUGUCUGCGAGUUCACCGAAGAGGAUUACCGGCAUCACAAUGGCAACGGUAAUAAUGGCCAUUACCAAAAUGGCAGGUCGGGCGCUGGUAUAUGGGAGUGUCUCAUAGGAUGCAGAAGACGGCUCGAUCAACAAUUAGCUCGAAGGAGGGUGGAGCAGGGCUUGAAAUUGUACCGAGCACAUAAGCAACAAGCCGCGGUUAGGAAAUGGAGGGGCGCCUUGAAGAGCAUCAGGCACCGCGAAGAUAAAUUCGCUCUCCUCGGAUACCUGUAUCAGGCGUACAUGGAUUGGGGCAAAUACAGAGACAGCAUCGAAUUCGGCAACAAGCAGUUAUGCAUCUCGGAGGAGUUGGAUUCGCCGAACAUGCGGGCGGAAGCAUAUUUGAAUUUGGCUAGGGCUCACGAGAGAUUGGGCGCCCUGGAUAGAGCGUUAGACUAUGCCCGACACAGCUUGUAUAACGAAUGCGAUCAGUGUGCCACUGCUGGAUUAGUUCACUUGACCGUAGGCAGAGUCCACUUGGAACUAGCAGGAUUCUGCAAAGCCUUGGAAGCGUUUCAAAGAGCCCACAAAAUCGCCCACUCCAUUCAAGAUCCCUCCUUGGAACUGCAGGUGUACGUCGGUCUGUCAGAACUCUUCUGCAGAUUACAGGAUGCAGACAAGAGCGCGAGAUACGCGGCAAGGGCUUAUGAUCUCUCCCGAAGUUUACAACUGGGGGAUCUGAACUCGCGUCAUCACAGGGCGGCGUUAUUACAAAUGGCCGCGGCGCUCAGGAAAAAGGGCGAGCUAGGCGACGCUCAUGAUUACUGCUCGGAAGCAACGCGACUGUCGCUAGUUUCUGGCGAUGAAGCCAGUUACGCUCGCAGCAUCCGUAUCAUGGGAGACAUUUACAGAAAGAAGUCCGACAUAAAUAUGGACAUAUUGCAGAAAGCAUUUCGACAGUAUGAGAGCGCGAUGGGCUCUGCGGCGGCGACCGGCGAUCGACUGUGUCAGAUGGAGGCAAUGGACGGCGCAGCGAGAUGCCUGGAAGCUCUCAGGCUUCAGCACAAGAUAUGCAACUGCAGGCCUCUCGAGUUCAAUACCAGACUCCUGGAGGUGGCCGGAUCAGUCGGCGCCAAGCUCUUGGUGCGGACAGUUAGGUCUAGACUAUCACGAAUUUAUGGAUCCCUGGGGGAUGAAGAGCAAAAGGGACACCACGAGAGAUUAGCAACCGCAAUGGAGGAAGAUUUGGAGUUACGGUGCGGAAGCUGCAACGAACCCUUCGGUCUGGAGGCUGAUUCCUUGGAAGCAUUACCUUGCUCUCACAUAUUACACGCUCGAUGCGCGUACGACAUCUUGAAGAAGCGCGACAAGAAGAAGAAGCGUUUGUGUCCCGACUGCCAUAAGUCUGUCAGCUCACGACUGUACCUGCACUGCGAAGAUCCUCACGGCAUGAAUACGUUAAAUCAUAGUUCCUUGAGCCUGGCGUCAUUGAGGGCCAGCAGCCUAGCGACACUUGAGGACUGUCACGCCACGAGUAGCGUCUAAACUCACAAUGGAUUUCGUUUCAGCGCGUUGGCACAUCCGCAUGCGACUAGAUAAUUCUAAGGAUCAUAAUUUGGAGGAUGAACGAGCCAACGGAAAGUAGCACGAUACAGAAAGAUUAAAUGGCAAUAAAAAAAAUGCACGCCUGAAUCCACCCUGUUGAGCCGAGUGUUACUUUCCUUCCUUCGAAUCCAACGAAUCUGCAUCGCAUUAGUCAUAUAUUGUUUCGUCAUAGUUUUUAUUGUAACACACUGAAUGAAGAGAAGCCGCAAGCGAUAUUCCUGGUAGAGAUUUUUAAUUUCUACUGCUAGCUGCUUCAUCGGUUUCGAAUCGUCAAUUCGGUAAAUUGUGGUAGAUAUAAUAUUAAAUUCAAGAAGGAGCUAGUAAAGUCAAGCGUAGCGUUUAUUUUUGUUUAACUUUACACCAGAUAUGAGUCAAAAAGCUAUGGCUGUAUUUUAAUGUCAAGUGCUGUCACGUAACGACGCUGUUUCAAAUGUCAAUGUAUUAUAUAUAGCGCAAAAUCAUUGAAAAUAAAAAGAAUUAUUUAAU